CUUCACAUAUGGCUUGUUUCCGUGGGAAUCUAUUUGUAUGAAACACCGAGUUUCACAUGACGUCGUUAAACUUUAAAAAAUGAUCAGAAAGUAGCCACAGCCGUGUGAGGCACCGUUAGCGGUGACGUUGUGUGUGUGUUUGUUGAGGCUCGCUCGCGUGCAGCAGCCGCGGUGUCUGCGGCUCCGUCCGCCGCUCGAGCUGCUAGCCGGCUGUCGUCAAACUGACCCGGGACCGUCUGGGAACAUGGAGCGGGCAGCCAGCGUCAACGCGGAUCCCGUACACCUCCCCGACAGGAAUGGCUAUUGCACACAGCGGCGCAACUGGACUGGAUUUUGGCUCCUUGGGUUGUGCAACAACUUUGCUUAUGUGGUGAUGCUGAGCGCCGCCCACGACAUCCUCAAACACCAAGAGUCAGGAAACACCACAGCAUCUACUUCAGCCACACUGGCCUUGGAUUUCCAAGGAGGGAACAGUAGCAACAGCAGCCGCUAUGACUGCAACCCUGUUUCUACUGCGGCUGUGCUGUUAGCUGACAUCCUCCCAACGCUCAUCAUCAAGCUGUCUGCUCCGUUUGUCAUCCACAAACUGCCUUAUGGUUUCAGAGUCUUGUUCUGUGCGGUCAUGGCAGCUACAAGUUUCUUGCUUGUGUCCUUCUCCUCAGCUGUGUGGAUGAGCAUUCUAGGGGUGAUCUUUGCCAGUAUCAGCGCUGGACUCGGAGAACUGUCCUUCCUGUCUCUCACCGUUUUCUUCAGCAGGGAUGUACUGGGAGGUUGGGGCUCAGGUACUGGUGGCGCUGGUGUUGCUGGAGCCUUAGCCUACUCAGGCCUCACCCAAGCUGGCCUGUCACCCCAGAUUACACUUCUCAUCAUGCUGGUUGUCCCAUUUGCUAUGUUGAUUAGCUACUUCCUCCUGCUGGUUCCUCCACUCUCAUUACCUCAGUGGAAAAUCAGGGAGACCGAAUAUGCAGCUGUGGACUCCGAUGAGAGACGGCAGCUGAUGGACGGCUCAGAAGAAGAGGAGCAGGAGAAAUCAACCCAAGAGGACAGGCCCCUUGGACCUCUCACCUUCACAGAGAAACUGCACAUCAUCAAAGGCUUGCUGGGGUUUGUGUUUCCCCUGGGACUGGUGUACUUUGCUGAGUACUUCAUCAAUCAGGGCAUGAUGGAACUUUUGUAUUUCCCCAACUUUUUCCUGUCCCAUGCAGAGCAGUAUCGCUGGUACCAGACGCUGUACCAGGUGGGAGUGUUUGUAUCUCGAUCCUCCCUGUGCUGUGUGAAGAUAAGGAAACUGUGGGCUCUCUCUGCGCUGCAGGUGGUGAAUGCAGUGUUGCUCCUGUUUGCAGUGCGUUACCAGUUCCUGCCCAAUGCCUGGCUGGUGUUUACUAUUGUCCUCUAUGAGGGUCUGCUAGGUGGAGCUGCUUAUGUCAACACCUUCUACUUCAUCAGCAAGGAGACUGAAGACAGACAGAGGGAGUUUGCCAUGGCUGCUGCCAGUGUAGGAGACAGUCUGGGCAUAGCUCUGGCUGGACUCGCUGCUUUCCCUGUGCAUAGAUACUUCUGCUCCCUUUGACCCAGCCCCCACACUGACCGGCGCGAUGAAUAAGCAUGACGUGGGUGUGUUCCAUUUGAAGGAUUUUUUUUUUUUUUUAACCAAAAUGAGACCAACUGACAAAAGCAGACUAUACUCCUACAUGCUUUACUGAAUGAAGCUUCACCACCACUGUGCCUUACCGACCUUUUCACCAACUUCCACUGCUUUUUGGGAUACAUAUGCAGGACCAUGCUGUUAGCAUUAUGAUAAGAGCCUGUGAUCCCACACUAUAGAUCCCACGAUAUGAGUGAUUUUCAACCAGGAGGUCAUGGUUAUAGUUUCCUUUACUUCAUUUACAUUCAGGGUAUUUAGCAGAUGCCUUUGUCCAAAGCAGCUUGCAGUUAUUCAUACACUGAUGGUGGUGGCUGCAAUGCAUGGUGGCGACACACACAUCAGGGGCAGUUUGGGGUUCAAUAUCUUGCCCGAGGACACUUCAGUAUGCAGACCAGGGGAAUGGAACCAGCAACCUUCCGAUAACAAGACAUUGGCUCCAGCCCUGAGCCACAGCUGCCCAAGGGGUUUGGUGGUUUGCACAACCUAAGAGGGCCUGGUGCCUGUGAAAAGUAGAGUAUACUGUCAUAUAACUGCAGAGGCAAUAGCUUGUUUUGCAGAGCAAUAUUAGUUGUGCUUUCUGCUUGAUGAGAAAUACCACUGUGUCUUUUAGCUGCUGUCCAUGAUGUCUGUAAGCAGAAUGAAGUAGAAUGUUUUUCUUUUCAUACACUGACAGUUUAUUUUAGCAGAGUUUAAUUUAUUGACCUGAAUUGUUUCUGAAUGAUGGGGCAGAGUAGAGCAUCUCAUUGUCAAAUAUAACACCUGCUGUGUCGUCUGGUCAUAUAGUUUGAAGACCUGUUGUUAGUGGACAGUACAGUUUGAGUCAAACUUGACCAAAAAACAGACUUCACUCAUUCAUCUUUUUUAUGAUAAUGAAGUCUUAAGAAUGGAAAGUGUUGAAUAACAUUCUGUUGCCAUUAUUACAUUUUGAUGUCGUGUCCCCACUACUGGCACACAACUGAGGAGCCCAACCAUUUAGUACUGCCUGUUGCACCAACAUUUGAACAUAUUUUCGACUUAAAACAGAUAAAGAAAUAGUAACACAAUUAUUUCUUUGACUCUAUUUACAAAAAUCACAACCAAAAGAUUUAGGUGCCGCCAAUAGAUUAAAUUGUUUUAUGGUUCCUUCUGUGUUCUCAGAGCCAGGUUGAAAAAAGCCAUUACUCGACCAACUAAUGAACUAUAUUGUUGCUAUUUUUCUUGUUACUAACUGGCGCUCUUGAAACAGGCGACAAUGAAGUGACAGAAAAAGCCUUUCACAGGUGCAUCUCGAUAAAUUACAAAAGACCACUUAGAAAAAGGAUUUUUAAUACAGAAAUCUCUGCCUUCUGAAAAGCGUGUUCUUGUACCUGCACUCAGUACUUGGUUGGGGCUCCUUUUGCAUGAAUUACUGCAUCAGUGUGGCGUAUCAUGGAGUCGAUCAGCCUGUGGCACUGCUUAGGUGUUAUGGAAGCCCAGGUUGAUUCGAAAGCAGCCUUUAGCUCAUCUGCAUUGUUGGGUCUGGUGUCUCUCAUCUUCCUCUUGACAACACCCCAUACAUUGUAUAUGGGGUUCGGGUCAGGCGAGUUUGCUGGCCAAUCAAGCACCGUAAUCCCAUGGUCAUUAAAUCAGGUACUGGUACUUUAGACAGUGUGGGCGGUUCUUUUCCUCCUUAGCCCCGGCAGGACACUUCUGACAUUGUGUCUAGUUCAGGAGUGGCUUGACACGAGGGAUGCGACAGUUGUAGCCCGUGUCCUGGAUACGUCUGUGUGUGGUGGCUCUUGGUGCACUGACUCCUGCCUCAGUCCACUCCUUGUGAAGCUCCCCCAAUUUUUUUAAUGACUUUUGAUUGACAAUCCUCUCAAUACUGAAAUGAUCCCUGUUGAUUUUGCACCUUUUCCUACCACACUUUUUCCUUCUACUCAACUUUCUAUGAAUAUGCUUGGAUACAGCACUCUGUGAACAGCCAGCUUCCAGAGCAAUGACCUUUUGAGUCCUACCCUCCUUGUAGAGGGUGUCAAUUACUGUCUUCUGUACAACUGUCAAGUCAGCAGUCUUCCCCAUGAUUGUGAGGCCUACUGAACCAAACUAAGAGACCAUUUAAAGGCUCAGGAAACCUUUGCAGGUGUUUUGAGUUAAUUAGCUGUUUAGAGUUUAACACUUUGAGACUACAAUAUUGAACUUUUUCACAAUAUUAUAAUUUACUGGGAUACUAAAUUGUGGGUUUCCAUGAGCUGUAAGCCAUAAUAAUCAAAAUUAAAACAAAUAAAAGCUGACAUUUCUCACUUUGGGUGUAAAGAAUGUAUAUAAUAUAUGAGUUUCACUUUUUAAAUUGAGUUACUAAAAUAAAUUACCUUUUCCAGGAUAUUCUAAUUUGCAUUCUAAGAUGCACCUGUAAUCUAUGUUUCUACUUAAGACAGCAAAGGUCUUUUUGAUGUGGCUUUGCGUGUUAGAUUUUAUAUUCAGUAACAAUCUGGGAAACAGAACAAUAUUUAGAGAUUUAUACUGCUAAUAAUGGAAUUUGAAUUAAUGUGAAAUCAGUGAAAGACUAAGACAGUCAUAACAAAAGACAAAGGCAACAUUUUUGGGUGUGCCUGUCACCAUCAUUAACAUCACCAGGACAUUUAAUAUGUGCACUUUUGUUUUGCUCAAGUUCUGCUUUUUGCUCCAAAAAACAGUUUUCCUGUUAUCUAAAAUCAACCCUUGUUUUUUUCUCUUGAACAUGUGCACAUUCCUACUGAAAUGUUACCAUCAACAUUUGAUCAUUAUGCUGCUGCAGUUAAAUAUUAACAAUUUUGCGACAACUUUUUUUCUUUUGUACAAGACAGAUCAUCCUCAGAACAUAUAAAUGAAUCUUGAUCUUGAACUUGCUGAUUGUGUUGCUUGUGCUUGUUUGAUCAAAAUGCAGUGAUCUCCAAAGGUUUCAGGUGUCGAGGCUUAAAAACUGGACAGAUCGCAUUAAUCAUGGUAACUGUUAUGUAGAAUAAAACUAUAAAUAAAUUAUGCAGUGUAUUUCUAAAAUGUGUUCUGUAUUAUAAAGUUUUGUCCAUGGGA